AUGUCAUACCCCGAGUUCCACGAACGCCACAGGAUCUUCGCGUUUCAUGACACCGACGGCUCCCCAGUGUACGAGGACGGGUGGGGAGGGCUCUGCGGCCGCAUCGUGGCGCGAAACGACCUCGCGGCUCUCCGACUCUAUCACGCGUCGCCCAACACGCGGGUGUUCUGGGAGGGAUACGAGGCCCCCUACUGGCACCCCUUCUUCGUGGCGGCCGGGUGUGGCAGCUGGGAGGCCCUUCGCGCCCUCAUCGAGAUCUACCUAACGGAUCCAACGUAUAAUAACCCCGAGCAACUGCCGCUGGACCAAUAUAUGACGCAACUGGAUUUCUCGCCCAUCAACGAGGCGUGUGCUGCCGCGAACCGGGAGAUGUUGCUCUGGCUUCUGCAGCACGAUCCCCCGUUGGCGACGCUGCAGGAUCGGGAUGCCCGCAGCCACACGCCGCUGUUCAGCGCUGCCAGCGGGCUUAGGCGGGGACGCGAUGACAAUGACGGCAAUGCUAGUGAGCCAUCGCAGCCUGCGAAAGAGCUGCAACAGACCAUGCUCGGAGCCGCAAUACCGCAUGCUAGCUACCGGUUGACAUCGCGGCUGAUCGCAGAAGAUGCAGACGUGUAUGCCCGACAGAAUUGGUGUGAUCCUACCCUGUGGAUGACUGAUGAGGGUGUCAAGACACUUCGUCUCUAG